AGGAGGGGGCUUCAGUCCACCAGAUACGCUGCUUGCAUCUGGCAGAGGGAGAAAAGCCAGAGAGACUUUCAGGGAAAGAAAGUGAGGGAGCGAGCAGGGCUGGGGCUGCAGAGAAAGCCAGCAGCAGCAGCAGCAGCCCAGUCAAGAGGAGAGAGAGCUUGCUACAAGGCAGUCCUCACUGCAGGUACCUCUCAAGCCAAACCAGUCCUCCUCAUCAUGGAUGUCUUUAAGAAAGGCUUCUCCAUUGCCAAAGAAGGGGUGGUGGCUGCUGCAGAAAAGACCAAGCAGGGAGUGACUGAAGCUGCUGAGAAGACCAAGGAAGGGGUGAUGUAUGUCGGGGCAAAAACUAAAGAGGGUGUAGUGCAGAGUGUGACUUCAGUCGCUGAGAAGACCAAAGAACAGGCCAAUCUUGUGGGUGAAACUGUAGUGGCCAGUGUGAACACAGUGGCAAAGCAGACCGUAGAAGGAGCAGAGACCAUUGUAACCACCACUGGGGUUGUAAAAAAGGAGGAUUUAGCACACCCAGAGCAGCCUGAAGAGCCACCCGAGGAGGCUGCAGAAGAUGACGCCCCAGUGGAAACCACAGAAACCAGUCCAGAGGGUGAAAAUGAAGGAAAUUAACCCUCCUCGGGUCUUCUAGUAGGAGGGGGGAAAAUAAUGAGAAUCCCAGGAGUAAAUGCAGAAAUGUUAGCUGACACCAGAGCAGGGAAAGCACUCAUACCGUAGGCUAACUUCAUUUGGCACUGCAGUCUUUCACUUGCCUCGUAUCAAACUAUCAUAGAUGUCUGUCAGACUCUUGAUCAUAUGUGUUAGGGGUGACUUUGUGUGCACAGCACAUUGUGCGUCUCCCUUUCUGUCGAUUUCCUUUGUGCUUUCUUCUUUGCCCAUCUUCAAGCUUUCCAAGCGCGUGGCCUGGUAGCUGAUGUGUCUUAGCACAGUUGUGGUUGGAAUCGCCGAGCAAUGUCUUUUGCCCACUAGCAUCAGCCCUCGAGAUCCCUGGAAAUGGUGGACAUAUUUUCUUUUCUAAAGAGACAAAA